UCCUCUUUUCACUCACUAUCUCUAUGCCUUUCUUGUUAGGGGAUGGCAGUGGAUGCAUGGCUAUGGACAAUAGGAUUCCUGGUUGGGCCAGUCUGGGUGCACUCUUUGGGACUGUCUUGUGCACAGCUACAGAGCAGGUCUGUCUCAGGAAGCCUGUAUAAAGAAGGAGAUGUGAUCAUUGGAGGGCUAUUUGCUGUUAACUUUAAAGCCCCAGAACCUGAUCAUAAAUUCACAGAAAGAGUACCAGCAGGCCAUUGUCAAAGUGUUAACCUGCGCUUAUACCUCUGGCUAAAAACAAUGAUUUUCACAGUGGAGGAAAUCAACAGGGACCUAAACCUGUUGCCCAAUCUUACAUUGGGCUACAUGAUUGCAGACUCAUGCCUGAGUGAGGCCAGUGCUCUGAGUGCCGCUCUGUCACUAGUGACAGGGAAAGAUGAGGUAGUAUCUGGAGAAGAGUGUACCAGGGCUCCCACUGUGCCUGUCAUUAUUGGUGAUAUUCUCUCAUCUUCUUCUAUAGCGCUGGCUGAUACACUAGGUGUUUUUGGCAUCCCUAUGGUCAGCUACUAUGCUUCCUGUGCAUGUCUCAGUGACCGAAAAAGGUUCCCUACCUUUAUCCGCACUGUUCCCAGCAAUGCCUUCCAGGCUAUAGUAAUUGCUCGCCUGCUGAACCGUAUGGGCUGGUCCUGGGUGGGGGUUAUCUAUGGAGAUGAUGCCUAUGGGCAAACUAGUGCACAGCUGUUGAUUAAUGAGGUGCAGGGUUCAAAUGUGUGUAUGGCCUACUCUGAGGUUAUACCCAAAUCAUAUUCACAGAGCAGGAUCACGCAAAUUGUAGAGAAAAUCCAGAGCUCCAAAGCUCAGGUGGUGGUGAUCUUUGCUAUUAGUGCUGAUACAGAAGUGUUGAUAAAAGAAGCAGUUAAGAGGAAUGUCACAGACAAGCAGUGGAUUGCCCCUACAUCAUGGAGCACUGCAGGUUACUUUACUACAUGGAGCGGCAUCUCAUUAGUGGGCACUAUUGGAAUAGCGCUAAGAAGCGUUGAGAUCCAAGGCCUGAGCUCCUAUUUGACUAAUCUCAGCACAGAGCAUUACCCAACAGAGAAGCUGGAACAGAAUGUUUGGGAGGAGGCAUUUGGUUGCAAAUUUACCACAGAUAGCCAGUCAGGACUUUUAAAACCAAAGUGCUCAAACUUGGGAAAUAUCCAAGUACAGACAGCUGGGUUUGAUGGCAUGUAUAAUGUUUAUAAGGCUGUGUAUGCUGUUGCACAUGCUAUUCAAAACAUGCAGGACUGUGAGCCGGGCAAAGGGCCAUUUAAGAAUGGAAACUGUCCUGAGAUAAAACCAAUCAUUCCUGAACAGCUUCUGCACUACCUGAAGGCAGUGAAGUUCACAACAACAACGGGUGAACGUGUCUACUUUGAUGACAAUGGGGAUCCAGCUGGUUCAUAUGACAUUCUAAACUGGCAAAUAGGCACUGACGGAAAAAUGAAGUUUGUCAAUGUUGGAAAUUUUGAUUCCUCAAGAGGGCCUGAUCAAGACCUUCAACUGGACAUCCAGAAUGUGGUCUGGGGAGGAAGCUGGGGUAAUAAGGUGCCGGUGUCUGUGUGCAGUGAAAGCUGUCCCCCGGGCACCAGGAAGGCUGUGCAGAAGGGAAAGCCGAUCUGCUGCUUUGACUGUAUUCACUGUGCAGCGGGAGAGAUCAGCAAUACUACUGACUCCACAGAGUGUAUGAAGUGUCCUCAACGUUUCUGGUCAAACACUGAUCGGACACAAUGCAUCCCGAUGGCAGUGGAGUUCCUGUCUUUUCAAGACGACAUGGGCAUCAUCCUCGCUGCACUGUCUGUUGCUGGGGCAGCACUUACUGGAACAGUCCUCACUGCCUUCUUCCGUCAUCGAGAUACACCCCUGGUCCGCGCCAAUAACUCAGAGCUGAGCUUCCUGCUGCUGCUCUCACUCAAACUCUGCUUCCUGUGUGCUCUGGCUUUCAUUGGCCGUCCAGCUCCUUGGUCCUGCAUGCUGCGUCAUACUCUGUUUGGGAUCAGUUUUGUGGUGUGUCUGGCCUGUGUGCUCAGUAAGACCGUGGUGGUUCUGGUUGCAUUCAGAGCAACUCUGCCUGGAUCAAACUUAAUGAAGUACUUUGGUCCUCUUCAGCAGAGAGCAGGAAUCUUCUUCUGUACGAUGGUGCAGGUGGGGAUCUGUGUGCUGUGGCUGGCACUGGCACCACCUCUACCCACAGAAACUGCAGGAGGUGAGCUUGGAGCCAGAAUAGUGCUCCUCUGUGCGGUGGGUUCUGUGGUGGGCUUCUCCCUGGUGCUGGGCUACAUCGGCCUGCUGGCAGCCAUAUGCUUUCUGCUGGCCUUCUUUGCAAGAAAACUUCCAGACAAUUUUAAUGAGGCCAAAUUCAUCACCUUCAGCAUGCUGAUCUUCUGUGCUGUGUGGAUCACCUUUGUUCCAGCAUAUGUCAGCUCUCCAGGGAAGUACACUGUGGCUGUGGAGGUCUUUGCUAUCCUGGCAUCAAGUUAUGGCCUUUUACUGUGCAUCUUUGCCCCAAAGUGUUACAUUAUCUUAUUCCGGCCAGAGAGGAAUACAAAGAAGAACAUGAUGGCCAAAUAAAUAAACAAAAUUAAGAGAUUCCACAGAUGAGAAAAUGAGAGACUACAAAAAGUUAUAUUACACUGCGAGAUUGUGUUCCCACCUCAUAUUUUGUUACAGACCUUAUGUGCAGAAAAUUAUCAAUUGAGACUAAUAUUCUUUGGUAUAUCAUUUUGUUCCUUUAGAGCAAAGGUACUCAGUUCUGGUCCUAGAGGUCUUCCUCUCUGGGGAGUUCAGGUCCAAUAAACCUGACUCUACAAUUCCACAACGCCACUUACUGCUUUCAUUUGCUGCAUCAGGCGUGUUAGAUUUAAUUUGAAGAAAGAUCAGUAGGAUUUUUUUCCUAAUAAUAGUGACAUGAGUACAAAAUGUGUGUUGUGCAAUAUAUGUUUGUAUAAUAAGCAUACAGUAAAAACACACACAACAAAGGUGUAAAAAAUAUAUUGAAAAUGUCAUGAUGCCACAAUAAAAAUAUCAACGAUUGUUUUUCUUUUGAUCUCAACCC